UGUUUUGGUAUAGUGCAAAUAAAUGUGUUCAAGUGAUGAAUACAUGUUUAGUUAUGUUUCCUUUCGAAUUGUUACCUAAUAAUUGCUCUGCAUCAUACCUAAUUCAAUUCCUCAAGCGGAAAUGGGUUGAGUUAUUGAAGUGUGAGAGAUGAAUCUUGAGAGCAGUAACAUUGAUAACGAAGCAGAAUUUGGACUGUACAAAACAGAAAGUGAUGGAUCUGAUCAGUUUGGAGAUAUUACAGAAGAACUUAACUUUUGGCACUCAUGUAGAAUAUGUGGUGAUGUUAAAGAUGACAUGGUAUCUAUAUAUGAUCAGACAGGAAUUGAACUUCAACUUGAAGAAAAAAUUAAUAAUUACCUUCCUAUUACGGUGGCUGCAGAAGAUGAUUUUCCAGUGUUUGUCUGCUCAGAUUGUGUUGAUAAACUGAACACUACUCAUGAGCUUGUUGUUAUGUGCAUUGAAUCUAACAACAAGUUCAAUGAGUACUUAAAAUCAAAAGAGGAAAAAACAAAGCCUGAUAACUCUGUGAGAAGAGAUGUUGCAGAAAGUGAAAACAAAAUAUAUGAAACUGAAGGUAUGGUCGAAGAAAAGCAAGAGUCCCUAAAGAAAGCACACAAUUCAGUAAAUAUGAAAGAAGAGAAUAGAACUACAGAUAUGUCAAUGCUGAAAUUUUUAGAAAAAGAGGGUAUUAGUUCUUGUGGAAUCCAUAAAAAUGGCAGCUUGCAAGGAGAGAUGCAUCAAGAACAAGAAUAUGUGUUGUCAUAUGAAGAUACUUUCCCAUCCUUUCAGUUUUCAAAUGCAGAUAUGAUAAAGGAAGUUGACAAUGAAGUUCUUAAUUCAAUGGAAAAUAUGACAACCCUUGUUCCUGUCCCUUUACAUAACACGUUCUCUGAUAUGCAAAGUUUUGAUUGUAAGUCAUCCAACAUAAACACAAUGGAGAAAGUAGUGUCUCUCAAGUUACAUGAAGAUGGAUUUGUGCAUUGCGAAGAUGAUUUUACAUCAUUUCAAGACUUCACGAAAACCAAGCUACCUAAGACUAAUGAAUCUGCAUUUAGACAUCAAGAUUCCAGCACCCUGAAACCACCAGAUCAGUGUGAAGUUGACAGACAUGGUGGAGGUCUGAACUGCCCUAUAUGCAGCUACACAGCUCAGACACAAGAUGAGCUGGACUCCCAUGUAGCCUGCUGUAACAUUAGCAGCUCUGUGUCAGAAACGCCAGGCCAUGACAUUAUUGAGCAUGACAAGAUAUAUACAAAGGUUGACACAAAUCAGGUACAUCGACUUGGCCACAUCAUUUCUCAGGGAUUUGAUCCUGAGGUUUCUUGGAGUUGUACCUCAUGUCACCUGAAUUUUCAAAGCUCUGAACGUCUGCGCGAACACAAGGAAACUUGUCAUGCAACACUAUGGCUUUGUGAUCUUUGUGGCCGAGGAUUUUCUACUUCUGAAGAACUAAGUGAUCACCAUAAUCUAAUGCAUGUACAAAGUUUACAGCGUAAUUCUCGACCAAAUGUCUUUCGCAACAGACACAAGUGGAUCCAUGGAAUAUGGAUGUAAAAACAGUACAAAAAUGAAGUAUGACAGAUGGACCCUCAGUGGCAUUUGUGAAACAUUGAGAAAGAAAUAACAUAUGUAUUAGGUCCUUCUUUGUCCUUUGGUUACAUUUCGUUUUGGCAUGUCUGGAACACCUGAGACAUACAGACAUGUUCUGGAUCAAAUCAUCAGUCACUUCACUUCCAUGACCUCCUUAUUAUGCAGACACUAUUAAAAUCUUAAUUAAUUGAAACCCUCAUCUGCUGACAGGUGUUGUUGAUAUACCUUGGGAAUGUGGGUCUCUCAGUAGGUGUGCAAGGGUUAAGUCUCUGCAGGUGCACUGUUCGUCUGUGUCCUCACUGGCUCAGAUGGUUAGAGCAUCUGCCAUAUAAGCAGGAGAUCCCUGGUUCAAGUCCCUGUUGGGGCACACAUUUUCAGCUGUCCCCAUCAAGGUAUAUCAACAACACCUGUCGGCAGCUGAGGGUUUCAAUUAAUUAUCAUUUAUUCUA